AUGGCCGACCCCAGCGCUUCCGAGCCCCCCACCGAGCAGGUCAAGGACCUCAAGGUCGAAGAGACCGCCAAGCUGCUCAAGGACGAUGUCACCGGCGAGAUGGUCUCCAAGACGGAGCUGAAGAAGCGCCAGAAGGCCCGCCAGAGGGAGGCUGAGAAGGCCAAGAAGGCCGCUGCCGCCCCUCCCAAGCCCGCCGGCAACGCUAAGAAGGGCAAUGCCGAAGCCGACGAGAAGAACCUGGACCCCAGCCAGUACUUCGAGAACCGAUCUCGCGCCAUCAACAAGCUGCGCGAGACCAAGUCUCCCAACCCUUACCCCCACAAGUUCCACACCAACUACGACUUGCGCAACUUUGUCAAGGACUUCGGCCACCUCAAGUCUGGCGAGCAUGACAAGGAGAAGGUCGUCCGCGUGGGCGCUCGUAUCUACAACAAGCGUGCCUCUGGCAACAAGCUCUUCUUCUACGACAUCCGUGCCGAGGGCGUCAAGGUCCAGGUCAUGGCCCAGGCGCAGGAGGUCAGCGAGGGCAGCCCGUCCUUCGAGGACCAGCACGUCCACCUCCGCCGCGGUGACAUUGUUGGUAUCAUCGGAUACCCCGGCCGCACGGCACCCAAGUCCAAGAUCGAGAAGGGCGAGGAGGGUGAACUGUCCAUCUUCGCGACCGAGUUCGUCCUCUUGACCCCCUGCCUGCACACCCUGCCCGACGAGUACUACGGCUUCAAGGACCACGAGGAGCGUCACCGCAAGCGCUACCUGGACCUCAUCAUGAACGACAAGAGCCGUCAGAUCCUCAUCUCCAGAUCCAAGAUGGUCACCUACAUCAGAAGAUUCUUCGACGAGAGAGACUUCAUCGAGGUUGAGACGCCCAUGAUGGGUCCCAUUGCCGGUGGUGCUACCGCCGCUCCCUUCGUCACCCACCACAACGAUCUGGACAUGACCAUGUUCAUGAGAAUAGCUCCCGAGCUCUACCUCAAGGAGCUUGUCGUUGGUGGCCUCCACCGCGUCUACGAGCUUGGUCGUCAGUUCAGAAACGAGGGCAUCGACCUCACCCACAACCCCGAGUUCACCACCUGCGAGUUCUACCAAGCCUUCGCCGAUGUCUACGACAUUAUGGACUUGACUGAGGAGCUGGUCAGCGGCCUCGUCAAGCACGUCACCGGCGGCUACAAGACCAAGUUCCACACCCAGCACGGUGAGGUGUACGAGGUCAACUGGGAGAAGCCCUGGAAGCGCUUCGAGAUGAUUCCCGAGCUCGAGAAGGCCACCGGCGAGAAGUUCCCCCCCGCCGACCAGCUGCACACUGCCGAGACCAACGAGUUCCUCCAGAAGGUCCUCAAGAAGAUGAAGCUCGAGUGCUCGCCGCCCCUCACCAACGCCCGCAUGAUCGACAAGCUCGUCGGCGAGUACAUCGAGGAGCAGUGUAUCAACCCCUCCUUCAUCUUCGGCCACCCGCAGGUCAUGAGCCCCCUCGCCAAGUACCACCGUGAGAUCCCCGGUCUGUGCGAGCGAUUCGAGGCCUUCGUGUGCAAGAAGGAGAUUGUCAACGCCUACACCGAGUUGAACGACCCCUUCGACCAGAGACUGCGCUUUGAGGAACAGGCACGCCAGAAGGAUCAGGGUGACGACGAGGCCCAGCUCAUCGACGAGAACUUCUGCAUGUCGCUUGACCCACAAAUAGAGAAUUCGCCCGGCAUUAUGGGAUUGGAUGUCAAGACGAAGAGCCUUAUAUGA